ACCACUUCCGCCCAACUUCCCAGAACAGAAAGUCUAGAUGGCCUAGUUUGCAAGUUCAUCAGAAAAUAUUGCUUUCAUCCCAACCUGUUGUCGAAACUUUUUCGAAUGGAUUCACCUACGGGCAAUGAUCAGUCGGGUUCUUCCGCAAAAGAAGCUGAAACUCUUCCAGAUGCAACUGGCGCUGGCGGCGAUGAUCUGGAUCAUAGCAAGAGACCGUCCAACGACACUGGAACAGAAGAAAAUUCUUCGACAAGAGACAAUACGGGAGAUUCAGCGGAAAACCCGAAAUCAGAAGAAGAGAAACCGUCAAACGUUGAGUCCUCGUCAAUGAGAAGCACAGAUGAAGAUGCAGCCGUCGACGUAAACUCAGAAAGUUCUGCCGUAAGUUCUUUCAAGAAGGAAGUGAAAACGUCCUGACAUGUUAUCCAAUCUCAUCGUUCAUCUUUGUAGAAAGUUCCUAAGGAGUUCCAAUAAUCUUUUGUUUUUUAUGGGGUGUGAUCACUCAUGAUAUCCCCUUUUAGUCAGCAAGAAGUGCAAGGAAGUGUUUCUCAGAGGAACGUUUCAUUUUUUCGGAACCAUUCCCACCUCCAAAAGGAAGGUGUACUGGGAUUAUCCCAGCCCUCAAUUUUUUUUUGUUGGCGCCCUUUGAAAAUGCAAUCUGAAGGGUUGAUUAUUUGUCAAAACCUUUGAAAAAAAUGUCUGAAGGGUCCAAUUAUUUUCAGCUUAAUUGAAGAAGAAAUGAAAAACUCCUUUUUCAAAAACCUGCCAUCCUCAUGUGGUGGGGGAGGAGGGGGGGAGGGGGGGAAUGAAAAAUAGAAUGUCCCAAGACAAGCCUCUCCCCCUUAGUGUAUAUGUGAUCUGGUAAUAUAUAAAGUAUCAUAUCCUCCUUCCCUCAAGAGAUAUACAGAGAUGCACUCCUACUCUAUGGGUAUUUCUGAUGAAAUUGAAGUUGUGACAGGCACUGUUGAUGAAGCAAUGAUCUAAGAGAUUUAACAAUCAUGAAGAAUGUUCAGUUCAUACCUUAUUCUUACCUGAAAAUAUUUUUACAGUUACUUCAAAAUACCCAUAUGAAGGAAUCUCCUAAAGCUAAAAUAUUAGUGACUUAUAAAAAAUUUGAGAGUAUAUACUCAAUUAUCAUUAAUUUUAAUAAUUAUCAAUUUCAGGGUUUAGAUAUUCAACACGAGAGUAAACCAAAGCCUUCUUUCAACACAAAGUCUACUCUUAGUGAUGAAGUUCUGUUGGAUCACAUUCUUGGUACUAUCUAUGGAAAUUGCAUCGGAGAUGCUAUUGGCCUGCUGACUGAGUUCAUGACAAAGAAAGAAGCAAUGCAUGUAAGUUCAAUUUGAGGUUAAACCUCCAUUAUUUUACCUCUCGAGUUCAUAUUCCUUUCAAGGGCCUCAUACAGAGGCUCUAUUUGAUCAUACCAUUGAUCCACACAAAUUUUAAGGAGUUCACAUAGAGAUUGCAAAUGGCCAGCAAAACUAAAUGUCAUCCGAUUUUGUCAGAUUGUAAAUUGUAAUUUGUUUACCCACGGAGCACUAAGGAGUUCAUAAGAACUCGUUGAAACGUGUCCGUGCGUUCCAGAUCAAAUUGGAAUUUGAAAGUGUUGGUUUUUAAGGAGAGGGGAAAACCGGAGUACCCGGAAAAAAAGCCUCUCGGAGCAUGGGAGAGAACCAACAACAAACUCAACCCACAUAUGGCGUCAAUGCCAGGAUUCGAACCCGGGCCACAUUGGUGGGAGGCUAGUGCUCUCACCACUGCGCCACCCUUGCUCCCCCUCAGUUGAGUUUAAGGCCUACUAUUAUCUCGGCACUGAUUUUCCUUUAGACAGAAAUCAGGUCAAGGAAGUAUUCCCUUAAAAUAAUUAAUGUAUAUUUUCCAACAGGGCUGUGAUUUUGGGACUCCCAAACUAUAGUGGGGUAUCCAAACAUGUUUAAUAAAAUAGCAUAUAAUGUCUCAACCGUAAAAAAAAGCUUUAGAAUGAAAGUGCGCCAGAACAGGAUAUAAAUAAUUGGCUUUAAUAUUUCUAGAAUUUGGUGACAUUGUUGAAUUAAAAUAUUUUCCUGUCCAGUAAGGUCUGGUUCCCAGGCAGCACAGCGUACCUUAGCUAAAUCCUGUACCUGAGUACCGCUCCCAGCAAUAAAGAAAGGGGUCUGCCAAAUAAAACAAGAAAGGGGUUGGCAUAUUGUCUAUACUGGCCUUAAGGCUAAGUGUGGCAAAUGCUGCUUUCCAGACUUGAAAUCUGGAAAGAUUCCGGUAGACAUAACAUGACCUUUAUUUUGACUCAAAUUUUAGUCUAGCUUCACUAAAUGGCUAAUAUCUUUUGAGGGAGAAAAAAAAUUAAGAUCUCUAUAGCAGGUACUAACUAACUAAAUAUUAAAUAAAAUACUGAAUACGCAAAACAAGAGAAAAAUUAGUAAAUUAAACUAUAAUCAAACAUAUUAACCCUUUGUACGCGUUGCUUAAAAUCAGGAAAAAUAGUGUUUCUUAAUUCCUCAGGGAAAGCAUUCCGUUGUUUGGCAGAAAAAUAUGAAAAUGAGUGUAGACCACUGAUUGUUGUUCUAGGCUUGCUAAGAGACAUUGCAUGGCUACUGUGGUUACAGGUUGUAUGGCGAAUAGCAAACAUAUUCCUCGUAUAGGUUGGAUACUCACUGAACAAUUUUAGGCUCUUGUAAACUGGUAAAAAAAAAUUCUGAAUGUACUUGUUAUACAAAGAAGUCAUUUUAAGGUUGUCUGUAUUCUCUGCCCCAUAAAUUAGUAGAUUCAUCUCCAGCAGCUAAAUGUUGGGGGAAUUAUGUGAAACAUGAUGGAACCUUAUCCUAAUGCGCUGUGUUAGAACAGUAUCCAUGGCAACCUUGUUGGAUCAUCUUGCAGCAACCACCUGCCAGUAGUGAAAGUAUAAUGAAAUGCUACAACUGUAUAGACUGGGCUGUCAUACUAUGCUCAGGGUUUUCCAGAAGCUCAAAUGACCAGCAAAAAUGCAGUGUAUAGUUGUCACAGAAGUAGCAGCAAUCAUUUGGAACAAAUUUAAAAGUUAAGCAAAUGUGGGUUAAUAAAGUGCUGUCUUUGUGACUCUAGCCUGCAUGGCAGGCAUUUGAAAAGGAAGGGAAAGGGAGUUUUAAGCGCGAGAGAAAUGCGAGGGCACGCCUAAAACUUCCGUUCCGUUCCUUCCCUUUCAAACGCCUGCCAAACAGGCUAUUGUGACUCUGAAACUCCUUCCCUAGUUGUUCAAAGUGCACUUGAAUGCACUUUUCAGGGCCGUGAGCGGGGAAGCCAUCAGACACUGGGGCUGACUCCCUCCAGUACUUAUUUCACACCUUACUGUGGCUCUUUCAAGGUGCUCUAUGCCAUUUUAUCUUAUCUAUUUGCACCUACUUAACUUUUUUUCCUUCUACUGCUAAUUUUCUGGAGACCACUGCAGGCAGACCUUUUACGUCACCCAUUCGAGCCCCAGUAUCGUGAUUAUGUAAGACGCGUCUUAUUUUUCCUUGUAUAAAUGGCCCUAAUAAUCAAAUUUCUAGUCACUAUCUGGGCAUAAUCAUGGAAAGAAGUCAUGAUCGACAUUUAACACAAUGAUCACCCAAAACUUGUUCUACUGAUCUUUUAACAACUUCUCCCAACUUAUGCCACGAGAAAUUUAUAGUGGCUAGUCAGAGGAAUCUGUGUGUUUCCUGUUGGAGAUUCUAAAAUACUCCCCAAUUUUCCCUAAUUCUUUGUCAAAUACCAACACCUUGAAAGGUUUCUGUAAACUUGUGAAAUCUUUUCUCCUGGGUUUCUCCAAAGCAGCUCUAAUCUUCCACAGUCUUCUUGGUGUAAAGUUAAGAUUAGACUCUCUUUUUUUAUCUCAGAUUUAUGGCAAUUACCACGAGAAGACCACGUUUCAAAAACUUUACGAAACGUUCUCUCACCCCAAAAUGCCAAACUUGGAGUAUGACAUGAAGUAUAAGGAUUUCCAUCGCGAGAGGUUUGACACUGGUGACUGGACAGACGACUCAGAUCAAAUGAUUCUCAUUUUACUCUCUCUUGUGGAAAACAGUGGGAAGGUUAGGUUAUGCAGUCAAAUGUUUAUUAAACGCACCCCAUAUUCAUAUUAAGCGGAAAAAUAGCUCAGUCUGUUUCAAACGUUUCUUCCUAUAUAUUUUAAGAAAAAUGGACUUCUUUUAAUGGGCGCAAGCGAAGGUUUAAAGGACUGCUAUAACCGUAGAAGGGGUUGUACCAGUUGUACAUGAAGAAGCAAGUGAUUGAGUGACUGCGUGCGUGCGUUUGUUCAUUUUUGAACGUCAGUGAGGAAGUAAAUUUAAGUUUUAAAGCAAUUCGGCUUGCAAAAGUUGCUGUCAAUACGUGUAAUUCCCGGAAGAGUUCGGCUCACCAGCUAAACCAUAUUUUGAACAGCGGCAAAAGUAUGGACGGUCCUGUGACUAAAAAGGAGUUAGAGUUUUCUUUAACAGGGAUAGUAAAGUUAGCAAAAUACGGGGACGUGCACUAAAAUUCUUACCCGCCAGGAAGGUGACACACAUAAGGAAGCCAAAACGACUACCUGUUAAACUAUGGGAUCGAUCAUGACGAUCCUACCGAAAACUGGGGGACUAGCUAGACUAGUUUCAAGAAGAUCUCACUGUCAAAAUGGGCCCACGAUGCAUCAAACCGCAGAUUUAAGGAUUGGACCGUAUCCUAAAUAAACGUACCUCUUAAGCCAUGCCCCAGUCCCACCCGUAGAGUUCGCAAAGUGAAGUUGGGCGGGGAAGGGGAUGCGCUUCAAGGGAGAACUUGAGGAUCGUUAUCCCCCUGCAUUAUUAAGCCCAGAAAGAGAAAUUAUGUUAAAUAAUUUUUAUAGAUGAAAUCAAUUGAUCAGCUAAUCUCUUUCGUUUUCCUUACUGACAGAUGGAUCCCGUGGAUUACGCAGGACGGUUGAAGAAGUGGUCCAGGGAAGGUUUUAAAGAACUUGGUGACAUGGGUGGAAUGGGUAUCGGUAGCACCACACACUCUGUUCUACGUCAUCC